UACAAGCAAGUAUAGGACAUCGAAAGAUAUUGUUUUAGUGCAAACACUUGCAAAAGUUGUGCAAGGUGCAGGCGCAAGUGCAAGUGCAAGCACAAGCGCGGCUGCAACAAGCAUAGGUGCAAGUGCCCAAUGCCAAGGAAGUGUUGGAGACAAUGAAUGCAACAAAUAUUAGCAAGUGUUUGAAAAAAUUCUAUGAUGUCACAUUGCUUUUUUUCUAGCACUUCAUAUCCUACUGCAAAUCAUUUCUUUCGGAGGUUUUCUGAGAUUAAGAUGGCUAUUGCAAGAUGGUGUGAUAGUAGUGAUCUGGUAAUUUGCACAAUGGCAUUUUCUAUGAGACACAAGUUUGAUAAAUAUUGGGAAAUGAACAAUUUAGCUUUGACAGUGGGAGCAUUUCUUGAUCCUAGAUACAAACAUAGGAUGAUUAGGCUAUAUAUGUCUAAGAUGUAUGACAGUGAUAAAGCCGAGUUAGAGAAAUUGGUAUUCAUGAAUGUUAACAAUGAAUUAUUUGCAUAUUAUUCAGCAGUCAUCAAUGCAAAAAUCAACCAGAAAAGGUUCUAGUUCAAGAGAGAGUGAGUUUGUUCCACAUAAACAUACUUGUUUGGUGGAUGAGGAGGAUGAGGUUGAUCUUGAUGAGUUGUAUGCAACAACAAGCAAUGACAAGAAGGUGUCAGAGUUAGAAUUGUACAUGAGCAAGGACCUAGUGAAGGUCAAUGACAAUGAAGCAACGUUUGAUAUCCUAUCAUGGUGGAAAGGACAAGUGACAAAUUUGCCUAUUCUUUCUACCCUUGUUCGUGAUGUGUUGUCUAUGCAAGUGUCUAUUGUUGCUUCAGAGUCUGCAUUUAGUUCCGGUGGACUCAUUGUUGAUGCAUUCCGUUCAAGGCUCAAACCAGAAAUUAUCGAGGCAUUGGUUUGUUGUAAAGAUUGGAAGAUUGCUUCGGAGAAAGAUUUGGAGAUUGAAAUUAAAACCUUAAGUGAAGCUAUGAAUGACGUUGACUUCGAGGAUGAUGCUGCAAUUGGAACUUGAGAAGUUAAAGUUCAAGUUACCAUGGACUAAGUUCAAGUUACCAUGGACUAUUGUUUGGUCUGUUUGCACUUCUUCUGCUGCUACUUGUUACUUCUUGUUGUAAUGUUGUGGACUUAUUCACUUGUUGUUUUGACUGGAGCGGAAGCUUGCUGCCAGUUUGGUUGUUGGAACCAUAUUUUGUUGUUUGCACUUUUUAACUUGUGAUGUUCUGGAUCAGACAUGAUCAAAUAACUCUAUCUAUUGUGAUUUGUGUCGUUUUAUUUUGUGAUGUGAAAGC